AUGGGCUUCUUCGAUGCCCUCAAAGCCAAGUUUCCCAAGGCAGAUGUGCCCGACAACGCUGAGCAAAACACUGUGGUAAACACUGAAGACAAAAACAUGGCACCCGAUCACGACGCCCAUGUACAGUCUGGAGGUCGUACUUCAAAGCCCUCCAGUGAGAAAGCAAGCACCCUAGUAGACGAGCCUUUACGAGAUUCGACUCCCAAUCCUGACGCCGACAAAGAGCUCGCGAGCCGUGACACUCCCACGCCAGUUCACUACGCGGAAAUCAAUGGAGAGUCCACUCAGGAGUUGGCUCCCAAGGGAACAUUCGACAAGCCAACACAAGAAGAGAAAAAGGGGGAUAAUGAUGCCGAAACGCCAGUUGAUGAGGAGGAGUACCCAAACGCAUGGAAGUUGACGCUGAUCAGCAUUGCUCUCUGCCUAUGCGUAUUCUGCGUGGCAUUGGACAAUACGAUCAUUGCAACGGCAAUCCCCAAAAUCACUGAUCAAUUCAACUCCCUCGAAGAUGUCGGCUGGUAUGGAAGUUCUUACCUCCUGACCACAUGCGCCGUGUCCCUGAUGUUCGGCAAACUCUACACAUUCUACUCAAUCAAGUGGAUCUAUCUCAGCGCGCUCUGCAUUUUCGAAAUCGGCUCUCUCGUCUGCGCUGUCACCCCCACUUCGGUCGGACUCAUCUGCGGCCGAGCCAUCGCCGGACUUGGUGCUGCCGGUCUUUUCUCGGGCUCGAUCCUGAUCAUCAGCAAGAGUGUACCCCUGGUCAAGCGACCUAUGUACACGGGUAUCGUCGGCGCAAUGUUUGGCAUUGCCAACGUAGCCGGUCCUCUUAUGGGAGGCGCAUUCACCGACCACCUCACUUGGCGUUGGUGUUUCUACAUCAACUUGCCUUUCGGAGCAGUGACCUUCCUCUUCGUGUUCUUCUUCUUCCAAGCGCCCAAGGCGAUUCUCAAGAAGAAUACCUUCAAGGAACAGCUCAAGGAGCUAGACUUGAUCGGGACCUUCUUUUUCCUACCCUCUAUCAUCAGUUUGUUGCUCGCACUACAAUGGGGCGGUACCAAGUAUCCGUGGAGCAACGGACGUAUCAUUGGUCUAUUUGUGGUCUUCGGCGUUCUCGGUCUCAUCUUCAUUGGCAUCGAGAUCUGGGCCGGAGACCGCGCAACCGUUCCCCCGCGUCUGAUCAAGAACCGUAACGUUUGGGGUGCGUCAUGGUAUGCUCUUGCUAUCGGCGCUUCUUUCUUCGUCUUUACCUUCUAUCUCCCCAUCUGGUUCCAAUCAAUCAAGAAUGCAACAGCCUUGAAAUCCGGUAUUAUGAACCUGCCCACGAUCAUGGGAGUCGUGAUUGUCUCCAUCCUGUCUGGUGGCCUCGUCACCGCCUGCGGAUACUACACGCCCUUCAUGAUCGCCUCCUCCGUGAUCCUGACCAUCGGCGCAGGACUCCUGACAACUCUGGAGAUCGACUCAAACCACUCCAAGUGGAUCGGAUACCAGGCGGUCUUCGGUAUCGGUCUGGGUCUGGGCAUGCAGCAACCUAUGAUCGUCGCUCAGACCGCCCUCAAGGCUGAAGACAUACCCAGUGGCACUGCGAUCGUCAUGUUCGCACAGACCCUUGGUGGCGCUAUCUUCGUCUCCGUCGGACAGAACGUGUUCCAGAACCAGCUCGUCCAGAAUCUGGCUCACUAUGCGCCUGAAGAGGAUGCUGCGAAACUCAUCUCUGCUGGCGCUACUAUGCUCCGUAGUAUCGUUAGUGGUGAUGCCCUACACCAGGUCCUGAUUGCCUACAAUGCGGCUAUUGUGCAGACCUUCUACGUCGCUGUUGCUAUGGGUGCUUUGUCGCUCAUCGGGCCCAUCUUCGUUGAGUGGUUGUCUGUCAAGGGCAAGAAGGUCGAGGUGGUCCCUGUCUAA